UGUUAUAUAAGUCAACUGACUGCAGCGAUUGCGACGUUGCCUUAGACUGGCUCAUAUCACGCACAGUCGCGAACACGCAGCCUAACGUAUGAAUUUGUCUCUCGACUAGAAACACAGUGCUGAGGAAUUUGUGCCUUUUCGCCGUCAUGGAUUCGACAUCUAGCAAGGAAACUGAGAAGAACUGCGUCCUGUGCUGCCAGGAUCUGGAUACAUUCGCCCUGGGAAAAUGUGACCACCCGGUGUGUUACCGCUGCUCCACCAAAAUGCGGGUGCUAUGCGACCAGAAGUACUGCGCCGUCUGCCGGGAGGAGCUCGACAAGGUGGUGUUUGUGAAGAAUCUGGUUGCCUUCUCCACACUACCCUACCAGCAGUUCCAGUGUGAGAAGAAACAUGACAUCUAUUUCAGUAAUGGAAGGAUCUACGCCCAGUUCAGGAGGCUGUUGUUACCAGAGUGUCCUCACUGUCCAGACCCCAAGGUCUUCUCCAAAUUUGAGGAACUGGAGCAGCACAUGAGGAAACAGCACGAGUUAUUCUGCUGUAAGCUGUGCACCAAACACCUCAAGAUCUUUCCCCAUGAGCGGAAAUGGUACAACCGUAAGGAUCUGGCUCGGCAUCGCACACAGGGUGACCCCGAUGACACCAGUCACCGCGGGCACCCCCUCUGCAAGUUCUGUGAUGACCGCUACCUUGACAAUGAUGAGCUGCUCAAACAUUUGCGUAGGGACCACUACUUUUGCCACUUCUGUGAUGCAGACGGUGCACAGGAAUACUACUGUGAUUACGAGUACCUAAGAAAGCACUUCAGAGACAGUCACUAUCUGUGUGAAGAGGGCCGCUGUGCCACAGAACAGUUCACCCAUGCCUUCCGCACAGAGAUAGACUACAAGGCCCACAAGGCUGCGGUGCACAGCAAGAACCGGGCUGAGGCCCGACAGAACCGCCACAUUGACCUGCAGUUUACCUAUGCACCAAGACCGCAGAGGAGAAAUGAAGGACUGGUGGUGGGAGAAGACUAUGAGGAGAUGCGCCAGGGUCGAGGAGGAAGAGGUCAGAGAGCUCAAGGUGGACAGCAAAAGAGCUGGCGAUACAAUCGUGAGGAGGAGGAUAGGGACGUUGCAGCUGCAAUGAGGGCAUCUUUGGCGGUCCGCAGACAGGAAGAGAGGGAUAGGACCACACCCAAGCACCGCAAUGAGGAGAGGACCGAGAGAGUGGAUCGAACGGAACCAGAUAAUUUUAGACACAAGACCGGACCCAUCAAAUCAACAGCAAAGCCAACAGCAAAGCUGACAGCAAAGCCGACAGCAGAACCUCCAGUAAGAACCAUGAAAAGCAGUAAUCCAAUGGAUGAAGACAAUGACUUUCCAGUCUUGGGAGCCACUGCCGCCCUACCCAUGGCAAGUUUGAAGCCAGCUCCUACCCUGGCUCCCGAUGCCCGUGGACCUCUAAAAGAGGAUGACUUCCCCAGCCUGUCAGCCACCGCACCGGUUACAAGCCCCAUGGCCCCAACUUACUCCGCCCAACCCAGGAAGACUUCGUCUUUCCAGGAAGAAGAUUUUCCUGCCCUUGUGUCCAAGAUACGGCCCCUCAGACCUCCAGGAAGCACCAAGUCUGCCUGGUCCAAUCAUGCUCCUGGAGCUAAGCCUGCUACCCAGCCCCCUCCCUCAUCCAAGCCUCCUCCUCCAUCCAACAACUUCCACCACCAUCCCCCCUCAUUAUCAUCCACCUCUGGUCCUCAGCCAAUUGCCUCCACCUCCUUGUUGUCCUCACUGAGAAAAAAAAGAGGGGAGAAUGUGAAGCCCAUGACUGCCCGCUCCCUGGCAUCCUCUGACGAUGAGAGCAGUGGCAUGACACAGCAGGAGUUCCGUGCAGUGCCCACCAUGCUGGACAUCUCUUCUCUCCUUACUGUUAAAGGAAACAACAGCAAAGCUUCAACCCCGACCCCCAACCUCCCAAAUCCGACGCUGAACCCAAACACUAAUCCUCUGACUUCCAAAGCCAUCAAGAAGAAGAAACAGCAGCAGCAACAAAAGGUCACUCCUUUUUUAUCCAUGACGUCAUCAUCAGGGACAGCGACAACGACGACUUCUAUUUCCAUUGAAACAGCAGCACAGAAGGAGAAUGUGCCAGAAAAGUCCUGGAGCAAACCCUCUCCGGUCACGGGGACGACAGCCCCAGCAGUGUCAGGACUAGUGAUGAGCGGUUUAGCUAACGGGUACACAGAGAAACAGUCUCCCCCUGUGACCAAGAAGACCACUGCCCCGUUAAUUCCACAUCCCAACCCAGACCCACCUCCAGAAGAGGAGGAAGAGUUCCCAGCCCUCAUCACGAAGAAACCACCUCCAGGCUUCAAGACCUCUUUUCCUCUGAAGACCUCGACCCCUGACCCAUGUUCCACCGUGCCCCCCCCACCGCCAGGCCUGGGGAGCAUGCUCAGUAAGCCCCCUCCAGGGUUCACUGGUAUCCCUCUCAACAGCAAUGUUGUAGAGCCUGAUCCCCCAGCAUUCGACAGGCCCCCCCAGGCCCCCCCAGGCUACUUGGUGCCAGAGAACUUCCAGCAGAGGAACAUGGACCUGAUUCAGUCUAUUAGGAACUACCUCCACAAUGACGAGUCACAGUUUAACCAGUUCAAAAACUACUCUGGACAGUUCAGACAGGGUCUGAUGUCAGCAGCCCAGUACCACCGCAGCUGUAAGGACCUGCUAGGCGAGAACUUCAACCGCAUCUUCAAUGAGCUGCUGGUUCUCCUGCCGGACACCGGCAAACAGCAGGAGCUCCUGAUCGCCCAUGGGGACUCCAAGGCCCUUGAGAAACAGCCUGUUAAUGGAGCAGGAAAUGGCAAGAAAAACAAGAACAAGAAGAAUGUCUGGCAGAUGCCCGCCAACGCCAAUGCCAUGGCUGAUCUAGACUGCCUGGUGUGCCCCACCUGCAGACAGGUGCUUUCCCCUAAAGACUUCAACUCCCACAAGACCUCACACAUCGACGAGAGUGAGGAGUUUCCCUCCUUGCAGUCGAUUAGCCGCAUAAUCAGCUAGCCCCUCCUGCUCCCUCCUUUCCUUGAUUAUCAUUGGUACUUGUGGGCGUCCCCCCCCCCAAAAAAAAGCUCAGCGCCUGCUGGUGUGGGGAGGAGGAGCCUGUUUCCAGGGCGACCGUAUCAACAAGGACUUUGGGACCUAAAAUAAAGUAAGGCCAUAUAUAUGGCUAUUUUGUUUUUUUCCACCAGCCCUGUUGGGGAUUGGGUUGAUAUAUUAAGUUAAAGGUUUAUCAGUUGAGACAUCACUGGAUUGCCACACUGCUGUCUCAACUUGGCUUCCAUUUCAAAUGGGAAAUACUUUGGCCUUUUCCAGGUGGCUCUCACUUAGCAACCCAAAACAGGAGCUCUAGCAUUUGACAUUUGUUAAGAGACCAGAGACAAGCUAACGCUUUACUUGAAGAGUCCAACACAAUGCUCCUUAAUACAAAAAAGAAACAAGUCUGUAUAUUGAUUUAAAUAUAUUUUUACUCAUCCUUUAUGCUUCUCUUCUGCACUGCACACAUUUUCCUCGAAAUAACCAUUUUCCUCUGCCUUUUUUUGUUAAAAACAGAUUUAUUAUUGGGGGGAGAACAACAAAGGUCCCAGUUGAGCUGUUGACCUAUUGAGCUUCCUGUGUUUUUGAGGUUUUUAGUUGAGUUGUAUGAGUGAUAAUACCUGUAGGAAGUAUUAGGAUGGCGAGUGAAGAAACAGAAAAAGACGGGUUGAUGAACAGACUUUUCAAUAGCUCAUAGGUUUUGCACUUGUGUUGGAUGUAAUUUAACGCGUGCUGCACUCUUUCUCAGCACUCUCCAAUUGCAUCAGAAAUGGUUUGUUGUAAUGGUUCAUUAGUUGGUAGUUUGAUUGUUCCAGGGAAGGGUGUUCCUUAAUUUGUACACUUAUCAAGUUACAACUUGUAGGAGUACUACCCAAAACAAAUUAAAAGGUUUUCUUGCCUGUUCUG